AUGAGCCGGGGGCUCCAGGAGGUGGUACAGCCCCAGACUGGGAGCAUGUUUUCCCGUUCCACAGGACUUUUGUGGUUAUGGGACCAAGGGGAGAAAAAGUGCAUAAGUACUGAAAUUUUAGGCUUUGUUCAAGAUGGAAGAAAGGCUUAUACUGUUUCAGCAGCAACACUGUUUAUCCGUGGAAAGUUGAAGAACCACGUCAUUCGGUACAACAUAUCUUCCCAGAGAAGAUCUUGGCCACUGUGGAUGACAAUCCUUAUUUUUCUUGGAGUGAUGACAAUCUUGGCAGUAAUUGGUCUCAUUGUCCAUUUUCUGGCAGUUGGAAAGACUUACUAUUACCAAGGUGAUUUUCAUAUUUCUGGAGUCAUAUACAAUGAUAAUUGUGAAAAAGCAGGUUCACAAGUCAGCACAGAUCUGAGAAAAUAUAUUGAGACUAAGAUGUCUGAUGCAUUUCAAAAUUCUGGUGUAUAAGAGUAUAUCAACUCUCAAGUCAUCAAACUUCUUUCUUAUCCCAAUGGUUCAAGUGUACAGUUACAGUUGACAUUCAAGUUUCCUCCAGCAAAAGAUAGCAUGAGGACUAAAAUUAAGGCUAUCUUACAUCUGAUGUUGAAGGACAACAUGGCAUCUUGGAAUGCAGUUCCCACUUCCAUCAAACUUAUAGAAAUCAGCAAGGCUAAUGCUGAAAUGCUUACCAAUAACUGUUGUGGGGGACGACUGACCAAUAGUAUCACAGCAGGCAACCGAAUUGUGAAUGGGGAAAAUGCCCUGAUGGGGGCCUGGCCAUGGCAGGCAAGCAUGCAGUGGAAAGGCCAACACCACUGUUGUGUUCCUCUGAUCAGCAGUAGGUGGCUCCUAUCUGCAGCUCACUGCUUUGCUAAGAAAAAUAAUUCAGAAGAUUGGACUGUCAACUUUGUAACUAUAGUAAAUAAACCAUAUAUGACACAGAAAGUCCAAAACAUUCUUUUUCAUGAAAAUUAUAGCAGAGCUGGGGUUCAUGAUGAUAUUGCCCUUGUGCAGCUUGCUGAAGAAGUCUCUUUUACAAAGUACAUUCAUAGGAUUUGUUUUUCUGAAGCCAAAAUGAAGCUCUCAGAAAAUGAGGUUGUAGUUACAGAAUGGGGAACACUUUAUAUAAAUGGUUCUCUUCCAGUGAUACUUCAGCAGGCUUUUUUGAAGAUUACUGAUAACAUAGUUUGCAAUGCUCCACAUGCAUUGUCUGGCUUGGCAACUGAUACAAUGCUGUGUGCUGGAUUUAUGUCAGGAGAAGCUGAUGCCUGUCAGAAUGAUUCUGGUAGACCACUAGCUUAUCCCAACUCUAGGAAUAUCUGGCACCUUGUUGGAAUAGUAAGCUGGGGUGAAGGAUGUGGGAAAAAGAAUAAACCAGGUGUCUAUACUUGAGUGACUGCUUAUCAUGGAUGGAUUACCUCCAAGACUGCACUCUGA